AGUGCCGUCCUUGGCGCCUUGUGCUGUCCAGCUCAGUGCUUCGUGCUCCGUCUCAUCCAGCUGUGGCCGUGCUUGGUUUCGCUGCCUUAGUUGACCAAUACUAGAACUAACUGCCCUCUCGUUUUUUCUGUGAAAAGGGGACGGUUCUAGCGCCUCGCCUUGGCGCUCCUGGUGUUGCGAUUCGGACGGAGAGGAGAUGGAGUGACUUUUGUGACAAAUUAUGGGAUUGCUAGAUUGUGAGAUUGUGUGAUUAGGGAGGUGGUUGAAGAGAAUGAUGAGAAGAGGUGAGAUGUUGUGAUGUGAUGUGAGGUGAGGUGAUAUGUGGUGAUGUGAUGAGAGGUGAGGUGAGAUGAGGUCGUGUUUGAGGUUGUGGUUUCCGGGAUAGUUGAUCAAGGGAAAGGCACGAGGCAGAUGGCGGCGAAGGACGGGGGUUGGAAAGGAGAACAGGGGUUAAAAGGAGGUGGAGGAGCAGGGGGUUUAAUUGUGAACCAAGCGGAGGCGUUUAAGACAGUUUUGUCUACGGCGCAGGACAGGAUGGGAGGUUUGGACGUGGGAUCGGAUGAGGGGAAGGAAGGUGGAAAUACGGAUGGUUUGCAGCUCGACGACAAUCUCGCCUCAAGCAUCACACGCCAGAAAGUUGCGGCAGCGAAACAGUACAUUGAGAACCAUUACAAGGCGCACAUGAAGAGCUUGCAAGAGCGGAGAGAGAGGCGCUGGACCCUGGAGCGAAGAUUACAAGAUGCGGAUGUGUCCCCAGAGGACCAACAUAACUUGCUAAAGGAUCUUGAGCGUAAAGAGACAGAGUUUAUGCGGUUACAACGUCAUAAAAUGGGGGUGGAGGAUUUUGAGCUGUUAACAAUCAUUGGACGUGGCGCCUUUGGAGAGGUAAGGCUCUGCAGGGCGAAAGCAACAGGAGAAGUUUAUGCCAUGAAGAAAUUGAAGAAAUCAGAGAUGCUGUUAAGAGGGCAGGUUGAACAUGUGAGGGCUGAAAGAAACUUGUUAGCAGAGGUAGACAGUCACUGCAUCGUAAAGUUACUCUACAGUUUUCAGGACUCGGAAUAUUUAUACCUGAUCAUGGAGUACCUACCUGGAGGAGACAUGAUGACUUUGCUGAUGCGUAAGGAUACCCUAACAGAAGACGAGGCUCGUUUCUAUGUCGCUCAAUCCGUUUUGGCUAUUCAGUCUAUCCAUAGGCACAACUACAUCCAUCGGGAUAUAAAACCCGACAAUUUGUUACUAGACAAAAAUGGACAUAUGAAAUUGUCGGAUUUUGGUUUAUGCAAACCCUUAGAUUGUAGUGCGUUAACAACGUUGCAUGAACAUGAGCCUUGUACUGACGAGGAAUAUCGGGAGCCUAUGCCUAUGAACAUAGAAGGUGGUCGCUUACAACCAUCUACGCGUGGGAACCCUCAUCGUAGUCAGCAGGAGCAAUUGCAACAUUGGCAACAGAAUCGGCGUAAUUUGGCAUACUCCACAGUUGGUACUCCGGACUACAUUGCGCCUGAAGUAUUGUUGAAAAAAGGCUAUGGCAUGGAGUGUGACUGGUGGUCACUUGGAGCUAUCAUGUUUGAGAUGCUAGUUGGUUAUCCACCCUUCUACUCGGAUGACCCUAUGCAUACUUGCAGAAAGAUAGUGCAUUGGAGAACACACCUCAAGUUUCCAGAUGAAGCUAAGUUGACUCCCGAGGCUAAGGAUCUGAUCCGCAGAUUGCUCUGUGAUGUAGACCAUCGCUUAGGAAGUAGAGGUGGAGAUGAUAUAAAGGCACACCCGUGGUUCAAGGGGGUUCAAUGGGACAAGCUCUAUGAAAUGGAGGCUGCGUACAAACCAGAGGUGAAUGGAGAGCUGGACACCCAAAAUUUCGAGAAGUUUGAUGAGGUGAAUUCUCAGCCUCAUACUUCUUCCAAACCAGGGCCCUGGCGAAAGAUGCUGACUUCAAAGGAUGCUAAUUUUGUGGGCUACACAUACAAGAACUCGGAUGUAUUGAAGGGGAUGUUGAAUUCGCCAAUACGUAUGAUAACUCAACCUCAAUCUGAGCUUAAGAAGAAACCCCAACCUAAGAGACCGUCUAUUGUCUCUAUCUUUGAUCACGCAAAUACUGGUGUAGUACCUAAUGGGGAGGAGUCCGGUGACACACAUAUGGAUGUGUCAGGUAGCCAAGGUGUUGAAUCACACUCGUCAUGCUCAUAGUUGAAACCACAAGGCUUUUCUUCCGGUGAGAAUGGUAGAUGACAGAUACUUCAUAGGGGGGUUUCCAGCCAUUAGUCUUUUAGACGGUAGAUAUUUUUAAUGAAGAAUACUGGGACUGGAAUUAGUAUAUCGUAAUUGUGUCAUCUGAUACUUAGAAUUAGUGUUGAGGAUACAGUAUUGGCGGGCUUAGAUUCUUGGACACUGGUUGGUUUGAUAAGUAGUUCCAAAUGGUUUGGAUGGAGUUUUGAAGACUACAGCUCCCUUUCACAACAACAUCGUGCCAGUUAAUUUGUAGGAUGUGAUCCAAGUGCUCUCGUGAAAUGACAGUAGGUGUCUGAUUAGAGAUAAAAACCUACUUCGGUUGCAAGUUAUCUGAAUGCCAGCACUGAGACGCAAUAUAAUCUCCAGUCUUGUAAGGUAUGAGGCAGAAGGAAACCAAAAAUAUAUCCCUAGAAGCGUUAUGUGGCUUACGCUUAUUUUAUUUUAA